AUGAACCCCAACAACACUGGCACCAUUGAAAUCAACGGUAAGGAGUACAACACCUUCACCGAGCCCCCCGUGGCCAUGGCUCAGGAGCGAGCCAAGACCUCCUUCCCCGUGCGAGAGAUGACCUACUUCCUCGACGGUGGCGAGAAGAACACCCUCAAAAACGAGCAGAUCAUGGAGGAGAUUGAGCGAGACCCUCUUUUCAACAACGACAACUACUACGAUCUCAACAAGGAGCAGAUCCGAGAGCUCACCAUGGAGCGAGUCGCCAAGCUGUCUCUGUUUGUGCGUGAUCAGCCCGAGGACGACAUCAAGAAGCGAUUUGCUCUCAUUGGUAUCGCCGAUAUGGGAACCUACACCCGACUUGGUGUCCACUACGGCCUCUUCUUUGGCGCCGUCCGAGGUACCGGAACUGCCGAGCAGUUUGGCCACUGGAUCUCCAAGGGAGCCGGAGACCUGCGAAAGUUCUACGGAUGUUUCUCCAUGACCGAGCUGGGCCAUGGCUCCAACCUGGCUGGUCUCGAGACCACCGCCAUCUACGAUGAGGAGACCGACGAGUUCAUCAUCAACACCCCUCACAUUGCCGCCACCAAGUGGUGGAUUGGAGGAGCCGCCCACACCGCCACCCACACUGUCGUGUUCGCCCGACUCAUUGUCAAGGGCAAGGACUACGGUGUCAAGACCUUUGUUGUCCAGCUGCGAAACAUCAACGACCACAGCCUCAAGGUCGGUAUCUCUAUUGGUGAUAUCGGAAAGAAGAUGGGCCGAGACGGUAUCGAUAACGGAUGGAUCCAGUUCACCAACGUGCGAAUCCCCCGACAGAACCUGCUCAUGAAGUACACAAAGGUCGACCGAGAGGGUAACGUGACCCAGCCUCCUCUGGCUCAGCUUACCUACGGUUCUCUUAUCACUGGUCGAGUCUCCAUGGCCUCUGAUUCUCACCAGGUCGGAAAGCGAUUCAUCACCAUUGCUCUGCGAUACGCCUGCAUUCGACGACAGUUCUCCACCACCCCCGGCCAGCCCGAGACCAAGAUCAUCGACUACCCCUACCAUCAGCGACGACUUCUGCCUCUUCUGGCCUAUGUCUAUGCUCUUAAGAUGACUGCCGAUGAGGUUGGAGCUCUCUUCUCCCGAACCAUGCUUAAGAUGGACGACCUCAAGCCCGACGACAAGGCCGGCCUCAAUGAGGUUGUUUCCGACGUCAAGGAGCUCUUCUCCGUCUCCGCCGGUCUCAAGGCCUUCUCCACCUGGGCUUGUGCCGACGUCAUUGACAAGACCCGACAGGCUUGCGGUGGCCACGGUUACUCUGGAUACAACGGUUUCGGCCAGGCCUACGCCGACUGGGUUGUCCAGUGCACCUGGGAGGGUGACAACAACAUUCUCACCCUUUCUGCCGGCCGAGCUCUUAUCCAGUCUGCCGUUGCUCUGCGAAAGGGCGAGCCUGUUGGUAACGCCGUUUCUUACCUGAAGCGAUACAAGGAUCUGGCCAACGCUAAGCUCAAUGGCCGAUCUCUCACCGACCCCAAGGUCCUCGUCGAGGCCUGGGAGGUUGCUGCCGGUAACAUCAUCAACCGAGCCACCGACCAGUACGAGAAGCUCAUUGGCGAGGGUCUUAACGCCGACCAGGCCUUUGAGGUUCUGUCUCAGCAGCGAUUCCAGGCCGCCAAGGUCCACACACGACGACACCUCAUUGCCGCUUUCUUCUCCCGAAUUGACACCGAGGCUGGCGAGGCCAUCAAGCAGCCCCUGCUUAACCUGGCUCUGCUGUUUGCCCUGUGGUCCAUCGAAGAGGACUCUGGUCUGUUCCUGCGAGAGGGCUUCCUCGAGCCCAAGGAUAUCGACACCGUCACCGAGCUCGUCAACAAGUACUGCACCACUGUGCGAGAGGAGGUCAUUGGCUACACCGAUGCCUUCAACCUGUCCGACUACUUCAUCAACGCUCCUAUUGGAUGCUACGAUGGUGACGCUUACCGACACUACUUCCAGAAGGUCAACGAGCAGAACCCUGCCCGAGACCCCCGACCUCCUUACUACGCCUCUACUCUCAAGCCCUUCCUUUUCCGAGAGGAGGAGGAUGAUGACAUUUGCGAGCUUGAUGAGGAAUAG